GUUCAGUGUAAUUUGCAUAUGCAGCAUUAUUAUUGAAAAUCAUGAUUAUUUCGAAAAGUUGUUUCAUUAAAAGUUAAUAAGUACAGAAAUGGAUAUUCUAAAAUCAAAACUUUUCAUACAAACUAUUGUGGAUGUUCGGGAUGAUUUUGAAGAGAAAUACGAGAAAGCUUUUCGCACUUACGAAGAAACAAUUACUGGAAUUAACGAAAAAGAGCUACAUGAAUUGGUAUCUAGUACCUUAUGCAAGGAUAAAGAACAUGAAGAAAUAUCGAUUGCGCUGAUGUACGUUAUACUAACUGAUCCCAAUGCCGCAGGAAAAGCCUAUUCCGAUCUAACACUGUUGACUCACGAUGGGCUUGCAUUUGUCACUAACAACUUGGCUAUGCUAGUCGCCGAAAAGUAUCAAAGGUUGAAUGACAUACCGCGGAAGCAACUAUUGUGGUUUCUUAAAGAACUAAUCAAAAAUCAAGUGUUAAACGUAGACAAUUUGGUUUGGAACAUCUUGAGGCAAGCAAGUGGUGGUGAUAUUAGCCCAAAGAAUGUGGCUCUAGUUGAUGGCCUCCUAGACAUAUUUAUCGAACAUCGGUGUUGGUUGGAGAAAGACCAAUUCCUGGUUGGAACAGUCGUCUAUACAUUCUUGAGAUUACUAGAAGAUCACUAUGGACCACAAUUCAAUAGCCUUCACAAUAAGGAGGUUGCCUUUGUUAUUUCAUUGAUUAGAGAUAGAUUUGCUGACGUAAUACCUUUGGGACGAGAAUUCGUACGGUUAUUGCAGAAUGUUUCGCGUAUACCUGAAUUCGAAACACUGUGGAAGGACAUUCUUCAUAACCCGAAACAAUUAUGCUCCACUUUCAGUGGAGUUAUGCAACUAAUGCAGACGAAAACGAGUAGACGUUUCUUGCGCUGCCGACUCACACCGGAUGUUGAACGAAAACUGCACUUCUUGAUUAGUAACGUGAAAUUUGGAAAUCAAAAACGGUAUCAAGAUUGGUUUCAAGAAAAAUAUUUCACAACACCUGAGUCUCAAAGCUUACGUUCGGAUUUAAUCAGAUUCAUUAUUGGAGCCAUUCAUCCUACCAACGACAUGCUCUGUUCAGACAUAAUUCCAAGAUGGGCAGUAAUUGGAUGGCUUUUAACUUCGUGUACUAAUGCGGUAGCACAAGCAAAUGCCAAACUUUCGUUAUUCUAUGAUUGGCUGUUCUUUGAUCCAUUGAAAGAUAACAUUAUGAACAUUGAACCUGGAAUAUUGGUAAUGUAUCAUUCAAUUAAGAACCACCCGUUAGUGAGCUGUACCUUGCUGGAUUUUUUGUGCAGAAUUAUGAAACACUUUUACCCCAAGGGUGAGGAUCGUGUUCGUGCAGGAAUAUACAACUCAUUGCGAAUCAUCUUAGAUAAACAGGUGAUUCCUAAUCUGUUUCCACUAUUGGAGUCUACCAAAUUGGACCGUGAAUUAAAGUCGAUGCUGCGUGAAAACUUCCGAGAAUUUUUCUCUUCGCCUAUUGCAACUCCAGCUCUGUUUAAUGCACCAACAACAUUGAAAAGCCACUUAAUAGAAGAUGAUCAACAACAAGAAAAUGAUCGUAUCGAGGAAAGCUUUCACCAUACAGCCGAAAUUGUAAGUUACAAUACAUCAAGUGAUAUUGAACUGAGGUUUAGCGACGACGAAGAGGAUAAUAAAAUGAUUGGCAUGAAGGACGAACACUCGGAUGAUGACGAUUUGCCACUUUCAAAGGUAAUAAAAAUGGAAAAACCAAUAAUUCAAUCAAUACCAGAUGAUUUACUACGGAGCAUCGAUAAAUUUACCAAUUCAAAAAAUGCAAAUGAUUUUGAGUCACUUCUCUAUGCGCGAAUAGAAAUAGAGCUGUUAAACAAUGACCAAGAAGCAUACAUCAAUGAAAGGAUAGCACAAACACUGAAACAAUCGCUAACUGGAUGCUCUAUGUUUCCUGAAUCAAAAUCCGAGGAAUGUUUAUCUGAAAGUAUCAGCAAUCCUAUAUUUUGUUUAUUUAAAAUAUUGUGCCAAUCAGAAGAAAAAUGCAAAUCAUACUUGUCGAGUCUAAUUAUUCAAGUGCACAAUCAAAUCCCAAACAGUGGUUAUUUACUGCUUCAUUACCUCAAAGUGCAUGGAAAACUACAGACACGUCGAAAAGAAAACGUAACAUCAGCAUUCAAAGGAAAUAUCUACAAAUCAUUUUGCGAAAUAGUUGACUCUCCUUUCGAAACUCAGCUUAAAACGGAUUUGGAGUUGCUAGAGAGGAGUAGUUCACGAAUGUUCUUCUGGAUUCUUCCUGAUUUGUUCAAGGAAUACAAAAGUGCUAUGCUAAACAACAUCGAUGUGUUAUCCUUGUUCAUAGGCGCAAUCGAUGCGAAUAACCUCCGGGACAUAAUAUUCAAUGUUACCCAAGGCAAGCUCGUAAUGUUCAGCAGCGAUGACAUUAUCGAUGUAAUACGUGAAAGCUUGGAGUACGAAACGUUUGAGCAGUUCUGUUUUUGGCAACUAAUACAGGCACACGAUAUUCCUCUGGAAUCGUUUCAGGACAUCAUUCCGGAAUUGGACGUUACAACACAUGCAGAAGCUUUAACAUAUAUUCUUUUAUUACUUAAAAAUGAAAAACCGUCAACAGAGUUGGUCAAAUGUUUAUUAAGCAGAGAAUCUAAGAAUAAGGCAGAUUCAUUUGUAAUAUCCGUGCUCCGAUGUUGGUGUGAGGAAUAUGAAGGAAAGCUUUCAGAAAUCAUAGCUGGUUUAUUGACAUCCAAGUACCCAGCAAGUUCUCCUAACAAACGUAAACGUCCCUUGAAAUCAUCGCCUUUACAACAUAGUACACCGUCUUCAGAACAGAUACUCAACCACUUAGAGCACUUCCGUCGAAGUUGUAGGCAUGGCAAUGGAACUGGCACUGGUCUUUACGUUCAAAAUGAAAUGCAAAGAUCCUUACAACAAGCGUUUGCACAUAGUACUGAUAAUCAAAAGAAACAUUUUGCCGAUUUAUUUGCUUUGGCAGCGGAAGAUGAAACUGCUGGAACGGUUGGACGUAGAAGCACCAGUAGCCGCGGACGUAAACCUCCGGCUAGUAAAAAGGAGUCAGCAGCGUCCAAUAGUAAUACAAAAAAAAAUAUGGAUAACACCUAUGUCAGCGACGAUUCGACAGAUGAGGAUUGGUCAAAACAAAAAUCAGGCAAACGACGGAAAAAGGCGUUCAGCGAUUCUGAUUGACACAUCAUUGCUUUGCGGAACACACGAAGCCUAUAAAUGUUCAGCUCCACAUAUCUUUCGUUUGUACUGGCAAAAUGUUUACAACAAUAACAUCUAUUAAUUGCAGGUCAACAUUAAUUGUGUCACGUAAAAUUGAGGAAAAAUUUACCCUUCCUCCCCCCAUUCAUCACGUUUUUCCUAUACCUAAUGCAUUAUAUAUCACAAAAUCUUACAUUUCCCCUCCCUCUUCAGAGCGUGACAUAAUAUAUGCAUCACCCUCAAGCUAUGCAGUAAACAGCAGUAAAUCUCAUUUUGCAGUACAGAUAAUCCUUGUUUAUGUUAGUUUUUUUUAAUGGAUGAUAUUAUUAUACGUCUACGGUUAAUAUAAUGGAUUUAACCUUCUUCUUCCCAC